CAGUUUCUACAGGAAUUCUCACAGCAGACUAUGUCUAGGACCCAUGAAAUCAAGAAACAAGUGGACGGACUAAUUCGGGAAACCAAAGCCACAGAUUGUCGCCUGCAUAAUGUCUUCAAUGACUUCCUUAUGCUAUCCAAUACCCAAUUUAUUGAGAAUCGUGUAUAUGAUGAAGAAGUGGAGGAGCCGAUACUCAAGGCUGAGGCAGAAAAACCAGAACAGGAGAAGACCCGGGAACAGAAAGAAGUAGAUCUGAUUCCUAAAGUCCAGGAGGCUGUGAACUACGGUUUACAAGUAUUGGACAGUGCAUUUGAGCAACUUGAUAUAAAAGCAGGAAACUCAGACUCUGAAGAAGAUGAUGCUAAUGAGCGGGUGGAACUGAUCCUUGAACCAAAGGACCUGUACAUUGAUCGUCCUUUACCUUAUCUAAUUGGGUCAAAGCUGUUCAUGGAGCAAGAAGAUGUAGGUCUUGGAGAACUGUCUAGUGAAGAAGGUUCCAUAGGCAGCGACCGUGGUAGUAUCGUGGACAGUGAAGAAGAGAAAGAAGAAGAGGAGUCAGAUGAAGAUUUUGCCAGUCAUAGUGACAAUGAUCAAAACCGGCACAAUGUGCACAUGAGUGAUGAAGAAGAGGAUGAUGAUGGCUGUGACCUUUUUGCUGACUCUGAAAAGGAGGAAGAAGACAUUGAGAAUGUUGAAGAACAUGUUAGACCUAAAAGAAGUAGACCUACGUCGUUUGCUGAUGAGCUGGUGGCUCGGAUCAAAGGGGAUGCCAUGAGCCGAGUUGAAGAGGAGCAGACAGCCUUAUCCUCAGGAGAAGCAAAAACACGGAAAACCUUGAAAGAGAAGGAAAGAACUCCUUCAGAUGAUGAUGAAGGUAACUUAUUCGCACCCCCUAAGCUGACCGAUGAAGACUUCUCACCGUUUGGCUCUAGAGGUGGCCUGUUCAGUGGUGGGAAGGGACUUUUUGAUGAUGAGGACGAGGAGAGUGACCUCUUCAGGGAUGCCCGCCAGGAUCGGCAAGCCCAAGCCUCUAUUAGUGAAGAGUCUUCAUCCUCCAAACCUCGAAAGAAAAUCCCAGCAGGAGCUGUUUCUGUAUUUUUAGGGGACACUGAUGUGUUUAGCACCACCACCACUCCAUCACUGAAGGAGCCCCAGAAACUCGAGCAGCCCCCUCCAGUGAAAAGCCCAUCCCUCCCUCCAGGUGGUCUCUUCGAUGAUGAUGAGGAGGAGGAGGACGACUUUUUCACAACAUCCUGCCGCAAACCUUCCAAGACAGACAAAGUGAAAUCCACUGCCACGAUCUUUGACGAUGAGGAAGAAGAUCUGUUCAAAGAAAAAGCAGCUUCGCCGGAAGCUACUGUGAAUCAGACAGAUGAAAAUAAAGCAAGGGCAGAAAAAACGAUUACUCUACCUUCCAGCAAAAAUCUCAAGCCCUUGUCAGAAACAAAGACUCGAAAAGGCUUAUUUUCGGAUGAGGAGGACUCUGAGGAUUUGUUUUCUUCCCAAAAUAUGAGUAAGUCAAAAGGAGCACCUCUCCUGCCUCGCAGACUCUCCACAUCGGCCUGCCUUUUUGAUGAUGAAGACGAAGAGGAUAAUCUUUUUGGGGCUACAGCUGCUAAGAAGCAGACAUCAUCUCUACAAACUCAGAAGCAAGAGAAAGCAAAACCCUCUGAGUUCUCCAAAAAGAAAACAUCUGCCUCAUUGUUCAGCAGUGAUGAGGAGGACCAGUGGAAUAUUACGGCUUCGCAGACCAACUCAGCAUCUGACAGCAGGUCUAAAGCAGAACUCAGGAACUCUGGGACUGUACAGGGCCAGGAAGCCAAGGCUGUGAAAAAGACCAGUCUCUUUGAGGAGGAUGAUGAAGAUGAUCUGUUUGCUAUUGCUAAGGACAGCCAAAAGAAGACCCAGAGGGCAUCCCUCCUCUUCGAAGACGAUGUUGAUAGUGGAAGCUCUCUGUUUGGCUCUCCUCCCACAUCUGUUCCUCCUGCAGCAACGAAAAAAGAGACUGUCCCUGAAGUACCACCUUUGCUGUUCAGCAACAACGAAGAGAAGGAGGCACAAUUUGGAGUGAAACCUGUGGAUAAGAAGGUUGAGAGUCCCAAAGAGUCUUCAGAAUUUGGGAGAACUGACAUGGAGUCAGAAAAGAAAGGACUUUUGACUAUAUCUGCUCAGGAAGCAGUCAAGCAUUCUGACUUAUUUUCUUCAUGCCCAAUGGACAAAGGAACCAAGGGCAGAAGCAAAACUGUUCUUAGCUUGUUUGACGAGGAAGAGGAUAAAACAGAAGAUCAAAACAGCAUCCCAGCUCCAAUGAAAGAAGCAGGAAAGGGUCCCGAUCCUGAUGCCCGCCCCAAGAGCACAGGUGUCUUUCAGGAUGAAGAGCUCCUUUUCAGCCACAAGCUCCAAAAGGACAAUGACCCAGAUGUUGACCUUUUUGCUGGCACCAAAAAAACGAGGUUGUCAGAGCCACGUGUUGGGAGCCUGUUUGGGGAUGAUGAAGAUGAUAAUCUUUUCACCUCUGCCAAGUCCCAGCCUUUGGUGCCAGAAAAAAAGAAAGUAGUGAAAAAAGACCACUCUGUUUCCUCUUUCAAGAACCAGAAGCAUCCUGAAUAUACUCCAGGUAGCAAAGAAAGAAACACAUGGAAACCGGAAACACCUCAGGACUCAUCAGGUCUCGCUCCAUUUAAAAGCAAAGAGCCAUCCACUCGGAUCUGGAAAAUACAAGCAAAUUUAGCGAUUAACCCAGUGGCCUUGCUGCCUACAGCAGCUCCCCAGAUCUCUGGAGUGAAGCCUGUUUCACCAGUAUUGGCUUUUCCUUCACUUGACCCCGGAAGGAGCCACUGUCUGGAAAGUAUUCCUGCUCUUCCCGGGAUUGGGGAGACUGGUGUGAGUUUCGAUCUUCCGGCUCAGGCAGACACCUUACACAGUGCAAACAAGAGCCGUGUCAGAAUGAGAGGAAAGCGCAGACCACAGACCCGUGCAGCUAGGCGGCUGGCUGCUCAGGAGUCCAGUGAGGCUGAGGACAUGAGUGUCCCUAGAGGACCCAUUGCACAAUUGGCAGAUGGUGCCAUUUCACCAGAUGGCAGUCAGCCACAGUCCAGUGUUGCCAGUGGAAAAGACAGCUUUGGGGAGGCCACUGCAGCUGCUGGAACACCUUGGGAAGGCGGUCCCGUGCCUGGAGUGCACAGAAGUCCUUUUGCAAAAUCUCUGGGUCAACCCAGAGGUGAGACUGACCUUUUUGAUUCUGGGGACAUCUUUUCCAAGGGCACUGGACCUCAGUCCACAGACAGAACAAAAGCCAAGGCAAAGGCACCAGAGACCUCAGCCAAUCCGCCUGGGGGAAGUAACGAGAAGAGCCCCAUGUUUCCUGCUGCAGCUGAGGCAGGCAGUGAUGAUGAUCUCUUUCAGACUGUUAAGCCAAAACCAGCAAGGAAAACAAACCCCUUUCCUCUCCUGGAAGAUGAGGACGAUCUCUUUACAAAUCAGAAAGGCAAGAAGAACGAGUCAAAAUCCAACAGUCAGCAGGAUGUCAUUUCAAAAACACAGGACAUUUUCGAGGAUGAUAUAUUUGCUACAGAAGCAAUUAAACCUUCACAAAGAACAAGAGAGAAAGAGAGGACAUUGGAAUCCAACUUAUUUGAUGAUAACAUUGAUAUUUUUGCUGACCUGACUGUAAAGCCAAAAGAAAAGUCCAAAAAGAAAGUGGAAGCUAAGUCUAUAUUUGAUGAUGAUAUGGAUGAUAUCUUCUCAUCUGGUGUCCAGGCUAAGACAACCAAGCCAAAAAACCGAUCUGCACAGGCAGCGCCUGAACCGAGAUCUGAACACAAGGUGUCCAACAUAUUUGAUGAUCCCCUGAAUGCCUUUGGAGGCCAGUAGAGCAUACAGGGUGUCCACAUCUCACCCUUCAGCUACACCCUUCAGUUAGUGAUGCUGUCUUAUAUGCUUAUUGUCUUGACUGGAUUACAAAAAGCAAAUACUGAAACAGCUAGCUUUUGCCCAACGUACCUAGUAUUUUUCUGCACUGGUUUUAAUCAUGCUUAAAACUGUAAAACAAAAAUAAAUGUUUCAUGGUGG